UACAUAGGAAUGUGAGCCUUUUACAGAGUGGAGUCUGUAGAUUGGGAAAAAAACAAAGAAAUGGCUAUAAGCUGCCUGAGCUGGUCUUCUAAGAAGCUCUUCAGUUCACCACAAAACACAAGAACUUGUUCUGCUGCUGCCAUCACAAUGUCUUCAAGCUUGUGCCCAUCUCUUCCCACCCACUUUUAUUGCAAACCCAUCUUUUCUAUCCCCAAAUUUCAAUCCUUUUCCUCCCAAAUUUCAGCUUCUGCUACCAAAGAUGAAAAUCCAACACGUCUUGGGUUCCUGGGUCUUGGCAUCAUGGGUUCUCCAAUGGCACAAAACCUCAUAAAAUCAGGAUGCGACGUGGCUGUUUGGAAUAGGACAAAGAGCAAAUGUGAUCCUCUGAUCUCCUUGGGUGCCAAAUAUAUGUCCUCACCGGAAGAAGUGGCUGCAUCUUGUGAUAUCACGUUUGCCAUGCUUGCUGAUCCUGAAAGUGCAGCGGAUGUUGCUUGCGGGAGAAAUGGGGCUGUAAAUGGAAUGAGUCCAGGAAAAGGAUACGUUGACGUCUCGACAGUUGAUGUUACUACUUCUAAGUUGAUUUGUGGAAAAAUCAAAGCCACGGGGGCCUUAUUUUUGGAGGCACCUGUUUCAGGGUCGAAAAAGCCAGCAGAGGAUGGGCAGUUGAUAUUCUUAACUGCAGGUGACAAAUCUUUAUACGACACAGUUUCUCCAUAUCUGGACAUUAUGGGAAAGUCACGAUUUUAUCUUGGGGAAGUUGGAAAUGGAGCUGCAAUGAAACUUGUUGUCAAUAUGAUCAUGGGAAGUAUGAUGGCAUCUUUUUCUGAAGGAUUGCUUCUCAGUGAGAAAGUAGGGCUAGACCCGAAGGUGCUGGUGGAGGUAGUCUCACAGGGUGCAAUCAGUGCCCCAAUGUUCUCCAUGAAAGGUCCCUCUAUGGUCCAAUCUAAGUAUCCCACGGCAUUUCCAUUAAAGCAUCAGCAGAAGGAUUUAAGACUUGCUCUCGGUUUAGCUGAGUCUGUCUCACAACCCAUCCCUAUUGCAGCAGCUACAAAUGAACUUUACAAGGUAGCAAAAUCAUAUGGCCUAAGUGACCAUGAUUUCUCUGCCGUGAUAGAAGCCCUAAAGGCGAAAUUGCACCCUCAAACAUAAGAACAUAAACCGCCUUAAUUAUAAGUUCACAUUCAUAUACAGACGCUUUUCAGUCGAUUCAGAUUUCAUUUGACAGAUUUGUGUAUCUGCAAUAAUUGUAUUUUUUGACAGUCUUCUAUAAUAGUUAGAAAUGACUCUGAGUCAUUGUUAUUGCAGUA